AUGUUCGACAAUUGCGAGCCAAACACCGGGAAAGUGAACACAGCCGGAAGGCAGCUAUCUUCAAUGUGUGUGAUGGCCGUGCAACAAUCUUUUGUGAGAGUUAUGUUCAGGCUGAGGAAGGAAGGCAUAAGCUUUACUACACAGUUUUCUAUCUCGGUUAUGGCUUUCCAGCACUUUAUGAUGUCAGGCAGGAGCAGGAAAGAUGAUGCGCUUGGUAUUGUUGUGCUGACAACUAAGAGGAAAAGGAUGGCAUAUGCUAUUGCUGAUUUCGCCAUUGUUGAUAUGACAAAUUAUUACAAACGAGUUCAUGACGAGCAAUUACUCUGUAUUUUCUGCUUAUCAGAAAUCGGAGAAGGCGAACAAGUCAGAAAACUAAACUGCAGCCAUCUGUUUCAUAGAAGUUGCUUUGAUAAAUGGCUCGAAUAUCGAAGAACAAGUUGUCCUCUGUGCCGAUGUUCUCUGAUUCUGCUCGAGGCGAAGACAGAGCAGCAUGAUGAGGAGAUUGAAGAUGAAGAAGUUGAGGAUUCUGCUACUCCUCUUCUAGCUUUUGUGCAGAGAGAAUGGUGGGGAGUUGUUCAUCCUAGUGGUUGA